GCGCAUUCCAAUAUCCAUUGCAACUCACAAGCACUCUCCUUCGAAGCAAUCAUGGUUCAAAGUAUGCCAACUCAGUCUGAUAAGGGUACAUCCCCUGAUACGACUGGCUUCUUAACCACCCUGAGGAAGAAGAAUGGCAACGAUCCAAACAUCACCAUUCUCCAUCUUCUCGUUGGAUGGCGGGAAUUGCACAGUCUCGCAUCCAGAGCUGAUGAGAUUCGAUCAGAGAUCAAGGCGAAGCAGAAUACCAACAAGUCUAUUGCUGAUCCAAUCAUCGCUGGAUUCGGCAUCCAGGAUCAUGAUCAAAUCAUGCAAAAUGAGAUUAUUCGGGACGUCUACGACACUCUCUCGGCCCAUCCGCGGCGCAAGACCCGGAUACGGGACGGCUUCUCCUGGACUUUGAUGCCCCUCACGCUCCGACUGAGGGACUCGUCGGCGACGUCCAUCUUCGAGCAUGUGUACCACACGAAGCUCGGGCUGGAGACCAGGGAGACAAGGAUGCUCCAUGUACCCCACAAGCCCAGCGAACGCCAUCCGGAUUUCUGGCUACAGAACCACAUCCUCGACAUAAUCUAUCGAGCGGCAGCGCGCGCGUGGGGGGACGAACUACUGAAGUGUUUGUUCACGCAUACUUUGGAACUCGUGAAGCGCUCCGGUGCAGAAUCCUUUGGGGAUUUCGAAAAGGAAGUGGAAGCGAGAGUCAGAAUGCAUCUAAAUCAAGGAUGGAUAUGAGCUAUUGGACAUGCUACACGCCGAAAAUGACACGAUCUCUCUGUGUAAUGCCAUAUCUGUACAGUGU